AUGUCUAUUCUAAGAACCUUCACCAGAGUCACUUCGCCAAUCUUCGCCUUUGGAUUGGGUUUCGCUUUGUUUCCUGCUGAUUGGCGAAGAGGACGCUGGGCGCCCGAAAAGUUGACCCACUUCAACACGGAUGUAAUGCAUGAAUUAGAGAAGAAAGAGUUAUUCAAGCAAUUAAACAACGAUCCCGACAUUGAAAAGUACUACUCAAGCGAAGCGUUCCCUUCACAGCACCGUAAAAACCAUGUGGGGUCGGGACUUUUGUUUGGCCCCGACUUGUUUGAGGUGGACCCAGUCUUGUUCCUUAACCAAGGAAAAGGUGAACUAACCGCCUUCUAUCAUUUGGGUGGAAGGUUGAUCAGCCAAGAUGGACAGAUCCACAAUGGUGUUUCGGCCACUAUUUUGGACGAAGGGUUGUGCACCUGCGGGUUCGCCAAGCUCCCUUCGAAGAAAGGUGUGACUGCGAACCUCAGCAUUGAUUUCAAAAACCAAGCCCCGCCAAAUUCCACUGUAGUGCUAAAGGCGCAUGUUGUCGAAGCCAAGGGUCGCAAAGUCGUGAUCGAAGGAACUCUAUCGACGUUCCCACUUGACGGAAGUACGCCUUUUGAAAUUGCUUCGGCUCGGUGCGUUUUGGUGGAACCGAAAUGGUUCAAGUACUUCCGGUGGUUUCAAAUUGGAUUAUAG